AUGACCGAUGAGAAGAAGCCUCUCAAGGACCCCUAUGAUCCAUCUACCAUUCCAGACUUCGACUACGACUUUAUCAAACCCGAUGAACUUGACCGAUUCGAGAGGGCGCUGAAUGCCCCAGAAGCCUCUCCGCUGGUGGCGAUCAAUGACUGGCGACCAAUCAAUCAAAGAGUUCGAAAAAGCCGUGGCCGUCGAAAGAACCCCAAAAGAAGCAAGGAUGAAACGAGAGAAGGAGUUCUAUACACUGUGCUGAAAUGGCCAUUUCUGUUUACCGUUUUCGCAUGGAUCACAAUGCUGGGCAUUGGUUACUUGCUAAUCCGCGUUUACAUAUUCCUCUAUGAGCAAUGGGUGACAUGGAGAGGCAAAAGGGAACGGUUGCGUCGGGAACUUUCUGCCCAGAAAACCUACCCAGAUUGGUUGGAAGCAGCAAAGGCGUUGGACGUUCAUCUCGGGACUGAAAAGUGGAAGCAAACAGACGAAUAUGCCUAUUACGACCAUCUGACCAUCAACAAAGUGGUGGCGCAGUUGAAGAAAGUCAGAAAGGACGCCGAAUGGGAAAUGGAAAAUGGUCGGAUCGCCUUGAACGAAGUGCCGGCAGCUGAGGAACUAAAGACGCUACUCGAAGCCUGUGUCAAGAACAACUUCGCCGGUGUGGAAAACCCUCGGAUCUACAGUGAGACUUACUCAGGAACCAAGGAGCUUGUCCAGGAAUACAUCGAGGAGGUGCACGCGUGCAUCCAAAUCGUCCUGCAAAACCAGCAGAUCGACAAAGAAGUCAAAUAUCAACUAUUCAAGCACCUCGAUACGAACUUCGGACGCACCGCGCUGUGUUUGUCGGGUGGUGCCACUUUUGCUUAUUACCACUUCGGGGUUGUCAAGGCCCUGCUUGACAAUGACGUUUUACCCGAAAUCAUAACCGGGACGUCAGGCGGAGCACUGGUGGCCGGAUUGGUUGCGACUAGGACAGACGAGGAGCUGAAACAAAUGCUCGUCCCUGCUCUGGCUCAUCGGAUUCGUGCAUGCCACGAAGGACUCGCUACUUGGAUUCACCGCUGGUGGCGGACCGGCGCCCGCUUCGACACUGUCGACUGGGCCCGGCAAUGCGGAUGGUUUUGCAGAGGCUCAACUACAUUUCGGGAAGCUUACGAGCGGACCGGGCGCAUCCUCAACGUCACCUGCGUCCCCUCAGAUCCCCACUCGCCGACCAUCCUAGCCAACUAUCUGACAUGCCCUGACUGCGUCAUAUGGAGUGCUGUGCUCGCUUCGGCGGCUGUUCCAGGAAUAUUGAAUCCAGUCGUAUUGAUGACCAAGAAACGUGACGGCACCCUGGCACCUUACUCCUUUGGGCACAAAUGGAAAGACGGUAGCCUGCGGACUGACAUUCCCAUCAAAGCGUUGAACUUACAUUUCAACGUGAAUUUCACGAUAGUGUCUCAGGUAAACCCCCACAUCAAUCUUUUCUUCUUCAGCUCUCGGGGCACCGUAGGGCGACCAGUCACGCACCGCAAAGGACGUGGCUGGCGCGGCGGUUUCCUGGGCACUGCCAUCGAACAAUACAUCAAACUUGAUUUGAACAAAUGGCUUCGAGUUCUUCGACACUUGGAGCUCCUCCCACGGCCGAUGGGUCAAGACUGGAGUGAGAUUUGGCUUCAAAAGUUCAGUGGCACUGUGACAAUUUGGCCAAAAAGUAUCCCGUCUGAUUUCAUCCACAUUCUCUCCGACCCCAGCCCCGAAAGGCUUGCCCGUAUGAUUCAUGUUGGUCAGCAAAGCGCAUUCCCCAAAAUUCAGUUCGUCAAAAAUCGACUGAAGAUUGAGAAUGAAAUCAUGAAGGGACUACAAGAGUCUCGGACGGGCGGUCGUGCUCUUUCACCCAUCCUCUCCCGUCGCCUCGAAAACCCAGUCGAUGAACACUCUGACUCCUUGACUGAACGUCUGGAUGACAACCUCCCCGAACGUGACGGUUCCAGCUACAGAAGUGAAUCGCGCUUCGCUGACUUGUCAGACAGCAUGUCACAUUCAACAGCCUCAUCACGUCCUCAGACCCCCAGUUCCCGUCGGGGAAGUGUGAUUGAGGAAAUGCGACGCCAGUCGGCUGUGUUUUUUGACGAUACAGAAGAUUACAGAGACGAAGACGCAGUGGUCAUCUGA